AUGCCAUUUGACCUCUCAGGGUUCUUCUAGCAGUAUUUAACUGGUGCAAGGGGAACACAUUUGCAAGUGUCUAUGGUUGACAUGACAGAUUCUCGUGUUACUUCACACAAUGUUCAAAAGGCAGAAGUCCCUUGCUUCAGAACAAAAGAAAGGAUUAUUUUCCCAAGGAGCUACACAGUCCCUAUUGAAGAAUGAUAUGAGAAAUUUUCAGUGUUUGUCGCAAUUUGUACUCUCAGCGGGCCCUCUCACGGCAAUUCCAGGAGUCAAACAUUCAAAAACUACUCACUUUGAGAUUGAAAUACUUGAUGCUCAAACAAGAAAACAGAUAUGUAUUGUGGAUAAGGUGACACAAACAUCUACUAUUCAUGAUGUUAAACAAAAAUUUCACAAAGCAUAUCCAAAGUGGUACCCUUCUCGAGUUGGUCUGCAGCUAGAAUGUGGUGGACCUUUCUUGAAGGACUAUAUCACCAUUCAAAGUGUUGCAGCUUCCUCUAUUGUCACACUCUAUUUUACAGACCUUGGCCAACAAGUCAGUUGGAUCACAGUAUUUUUGGCUGAAUACACAGGACCUCUGCUUAUAUACCUCCUUUUUUAUUUGAGGAUUCCAUAUAUAUAUGAUGUGAAAGAGAGCUCUAGAAGAUUACGCCACCCCGUGGUACAGUAAGUGAUUCAUCUUGCUUGCUUUUGCCAUUGUAUACACAUCAGAUACCUUUUGGAAACCUUAUUUGUUCACAAAGUUUCUGCAGGACAUACAUCUUUGAGAAAAUUUAAAGAUUUAUGUAUGGGUUGUGCCUUUUACUGGGGAUUCACUUCUUGGAUUGCCUACUACAUCAAUCACCCAUGGUAUACACCACCAGCAUUUGGAAACAGGCAAGUCACAGUAUCUGCUCUCAGUUUUCUGAUUUGUGAAGCUGGAAAUCAUUUCAUCAAUGUGAUGUUGUCUCAUCCCUAUCACACAGGAAAUAAUGCCUGUUUCCCAAGUCCAAAUUAUAAUCCUUUCACAUGGAUGUUUUUCCUGGUUUCAUGUCCUAACUACACCUAUGAGAUUGGAUCAUGGGUUAGUUUCACAGUCAUGACACAGACAUUGCCAGUUGGAAUUUUUACACUUCUGAUGAGUAUCCAGAUGUCUUUCUGGGCAAAAAAGAAGCAUAAGAUUUAUUUGAAGAAAUUCAAUUCAUAUAUGUAUAGAAAAUCAGCAAUGAUUCCAUUCAUAUUGUAAUAAAAUAUAAGUAAUUUUAUCUCAUAUAGAAAA